CACUUCCUGCCGUCAACGCAGCCAGUUCGGGCCAGUUCACUGCCGCUGUAGCACUCGCCCUGUCCCGCUGAGCUGUCAGCACGCAGCCGCUCUCCGCGCCGCUCGUCUGCUGCUGCUGCUGCUGCGACGACAUCUCUCUCCUAGACCCGGUCCGUGUUCCUGCUCAACGACGUUUCCCUUCAGAUAACAGCCGCUCGCGCCUCACCAUGACUCGGAGGUGAUCUUCAGAGUGGCCGGGUGGUUCUGGGGUUCCAGGUUGGUGUGGUGAGAGAGCAAGCUAACUACGGGGUGGAGGACCGCCUGGGGCAUUGUGUCCCUGGUUCUCAAGUGACUAAGGAAGGGGCUAGGCAAACUGUUCAGCAUGGAGAAGGAAGACCUGAAGGUCCUCAACCCGGGGGAAGAGGAGGAGAUGGAGCUGCAGGGCUACCGUCUAUGUCGUUGGCGGCUGGUCAUGGUGGGCCUCGGGGUGUUGUGUACAGGAGGCUUCCUACUCCUGCUGCUCUACUGGAUGCCAGAGUGGUGUGUAAAAUUGACCUGCACCCGUACCACAGUCCGUGAUGCUGAAGUGGUGUUGCUGCGCUCCAUGGAUGAGUUCCGGCGCUGGUUCCUGGCCCGGGUGCGAGUGAUGCUGGCCCCGGGGAGCAACCCCUUCCACAGCCUGGAGACCCAGACCACCUCCACCUGCUCCCCUUCCUCUCCUUCCUGUCCCUUCUCCUCCUCUGCCUCCCCUCCUCUAGCCAACGGACACACCACUCACCCCUCCGAUGGCAGCCCUGCUCAGGAGCUCAUCAGAAGAUAUGCCGACUACCAGCCCACACAAAUUCGUUAUUUUACCCUCCAUAGCACAAAGUAUUAUUGGAAAGACGAGGUACAGAACUUUGAAGUUUUAAGCGGCCUGGAUGAUCUGCAGAUCAGCUGCUCAACCCUUCACUUGGAGCACAGCGCAGGCCUGACCAAGAACCAGCAGGAGUACAGGAGACUGUUCUUCGGAGUGAAUGAAAUUGCAGUGAAAGUGCCUUCUGUUUUCAAGCUGCUUAUCAAAGAGGUCCUCAACCCUUUCUACAUCUUCCAGCUCUUCAGUGUGAUUCUGUGGAGUGCCGAUGAGUAUUACUACUACGCUGUGGCCAUUGUUUUCAUGUCGGUCAUAUCCACCGCUACCUCUGUGUACACCAUCAAAAAGCAAUACGUCAUGCUUCAUGAUAUGGUGGCAGCUCACAGUGUUGUCCGUGUAUCUGUAUGCCGAGCCAACAAUGAUAUCGAAGAGAUUUAUUCCACUGAUCUGGUGCCUGGUGAUGUAAUGGUCAUCCCCAGCAAUGGGACCAUCAUGCCAUGUGAUGCUGUGUUGGUCAGUGGCACCUGCAUCGUCAAUGAAAGCAUGCUCACAGGUGAGAGCGUUCCCGUGACAAAGACCAACCUCCCAAAUCCGGUGCCAGAAGAGGUGAGGGAUGAGGCUGACGGUGCCUACAACACAGAGGAUUAUAAGAGACAUACACUCUUCUGUGGCACCCAUGUCAUCCAGACCCGCUUCUAUACAGGUGAACUGGUCAAGGCUGUGGUGGUCCGCACAGGUUUCAGCACAGCCAAAGGCCAGCUGGUGCGCUCCAUCCUGUAUCCCAAACCCACUGACUUCAAGCUGUACCGUGAUGCCUACCUCUUCCUGUUGUGUCUGGUGGCUGUGGCUGGAAUUGGGUUUAUCUAUUCCAUUGUCCUCAGCAUCAUGAACAAGGUGCCAGCUAAGACCAUCAUCAUCGAGUCCCUAGAUAUCAUUACUAUCACUGUGCCACCGGCGCUGCCAGCUGCCAUGACAGCCGGCAUUGUGUACGCCCAGCGACGCCUCAAACACAUUGGCAUUUUCUGCAUCAGCCCACAGAGGAUCAAUAUCUGUGGGCAAAUCAACCUGGUCUGCUUUGACAAGACUGGAACUCUGACAGAGGAUGGAUUAGACCUGUGGGGUGUCCAGAGAGUUGAGAAUGGCAGUUUCCACCUGUCGGAGGAAAAUGCCUACAAGGAGAAUCUUGUCAAGUCCCAGUUUGUGGCUUGCAUGGCCACCUGCCACUCUCUUACUAAAAUAGAGGGCCAGCUGUCUGGAGACCCACUGGACCUCAAAAUGUUUGAGGCUACAGGCUGGAUCCUGGAAGAGGCCACUGAGGAGGAAACAUCUCUCCACAACCGUAUCAUGCCCACUGUGGUUCGACCCCCAAAGCAGCUGUUGCCCCCAGAGCCUGCUGUAUCACAAGAACAGGACAUGGAACUCUAUGAGCUCUCGUCGGUGUAUGAGAUAGGUAUCGUGCGGCAGUUUCCUUUUUCCUCAGCUCUCCAGAGAAUGACUGUAGUGGCUCGUCUGCUGGGGGAGAAACGUAUGGAUGCUUACACAAAGGGGGCCCCAGAGGUGGUGGCUGGUCUCUGCAAGAAAGACACAGUGCCAGAAAAAUUUGCAGAGGUUCUGGAAGGCUACACCAAGCAGGGUUUCAGGGUCAUUGCUCUGGCUCACCGUCGACUUGAAUCCAAACUUACCUGGCACAAAGUCCAGAACAUUAACAGGGAUCAUAUAGAGACAAACAUGGAGUUCCUUGGUAUGAUCAUCAUGCAGAACAAGCUCAAGACAGAAACUCCAGGCGUGCUGCAGGACCUCCGACAAGCCAACAUCCGCACUGUCAUGGUUACUGGUGACAAUAUGCUGACAGCGAUUUCAGUGGCUCGAGACUGUGGAAUGAUCCCUCCCCAGGACACAGUCAUUAUUGCUGAUGCCCACACUCCCCAUGAUGGACACGCCGCCAAGAUCACCUGGAGAUACGCUGACAAGCCUAGCAAGACAAGUCGCCUGGAGGAAGUGAACAUCAGCCUGGAGGAUGUGUGCCAUGUAGACAAGCCCAAAGCCCAAGAGCUGUACCACUUUGCUAUGAAUGGAAAAUCGUUUGCUGUAAUCGCGGAGCAUUUCCCUGACAUGCUUCAAAAGCUGGUGCUGCAUGGGACGGUGUUUGCCAGAAUGGCCCCAGACCAGAAAACCCAGCUCAUUGAGGCGUUGCAGGGCGUGGACUACUUUGUGGGGAUGUGUGGAGAUGGAGCUAAUGAUUGUGGGGCUCUGAAGAGGGCUCAUGGUGGCAUCUCUCUCUCAGAGCUCGAGGCCUCUGUAGCUUCUCCCUUCACCUCCAGGACCCCCAACAUCUCCUGUGUCCCCAGCCUCAUCAGGGAGGGCCGAGCAGCUCUCAUUACCUCCUUCUGCGUGUUCAAGUUCAUGGCCCUCUAUAGCAUCAUCCAGUAUAUCAGUGUCACCCUCCUCUAUUCUAUCCUCAGUAACCUUGGAGACUUCCAGUUCCUCUUCAUCGAUAUUGCCAUCAUCCUCCUUAUCGUCUUUACCAUGAGUCUGAACCCAGCGUGGAAAGAGCUUGUGUCUCGUCGGCCACCGUCAGGUCUGAUCUCAGGGCCUCUGUUGUUUUCUGUGCUGACCCAGAUCCUCAUCUGCUUGGCCUUCCAGACCGUUACAUUCCUUUGGGUCCAGCAGCAGCCCUGGUACACAACCUGGUCUCCACUUACAGAUGUCUGCAACCUGUCGUCACACAUCAACACGUCCGACCUGAACAACACAGAGGUGGACGACCACAACAUCCAAAACUUUGAGAACACCAGCCUCUUCUACAUCUCCUCCUUCCAGUAUCUCAUUGUUGCCAUCGUUUUCUCAAAGGGCAAACCUUUCAGGCAGCCCAGCUACAAGAAUUGGCCCUUUGUGCUGUCUGCCUUGAGUUUGUAUUUUUUCCUGCUGUUCAUCAUGUUCUACCCAGUGAAAGCGAUUGACGAAUUUCUAGAGAUUGUUUGUGUCCCGUUUGAUUGGAGGGUCAAACUUUUCCUCAUCAUCGUAGUCAACGCUGCUGUAUCCGUGGUGGUGGAGACCUUCAUCCUUGACAUCAUCUUAUGGAAGCUUGUGUUCAGCCGAGACAAACAGGGCAGCUUUGGCAUCACUCCUGCCGCCCCGACACCACAGAGGGGCAUUGACCUGCAGGCGUACAAGUGUCUGUCCUGGCUGCGCUGCCUACGCAAGAUGCCCAAGGCCCGUUACAUGCAUCUGGCCCAGGAGCUGAGUGUGGACCCCGACUGGCCUCCGAAGCCGACUACCACUACUGAAGCCAAACCUUGCCCAGAAAACGGCUCCACUUAUCAAAUAAUGAUCAACUCCUAGCACCCCCCCACAGCCCAUCCCAGUAUCCUAUCUAUCCUUUCAUACAGCAGACACAUCCGCCACUGAUGCUUUGCGAAAGCACAUUCAACCUCUUCAAAUAUAAUUGACAUCACUGUUCACAGAGACUUGCCUCUAAUAAUGUAGACAUUACUGCAAACAUCAUAGGAUUACACUUACAGCGUGUUUCAUAAGUCUCAGACAGACUCUCAGGUCUCUCUUGCUUUAAAUGUCAUUCAAACAUGUGUAACGUCAAAAAACUGAGCAGCAUUCAACCCAGGGUUGAUAAACCAGGUCGACCUAAUGAAUAUGCCCUGUCUUUGUCUGUAAGGGAUGUAUGAGACAGCUUAAGUCACACUCCUCUUCAGAGAUCACUACUGAAAAGUGUGUGCAAGAAAGCCAUCUCCAUUAUACCACUGUUAAAAAUUAAAUGGUUUUGCAGAUUUCAUUUGCAACCACAACACUUGGCUUUUCAGAGGGAUCCCUAGAAAAUAAAGGAAGUAUAGGAUGAUAUGAAUGCUAGCCAAAUUGAGGGGCUGUACAUUCAAGUACAACCUGACUGAAAUGGUGAGAGAGAAUUGGUUGAUAGUGUGUGGCAGGGUUUGAGGGAGGAAGUAAGGUUCAAGUCUUUUUUCGUCUUUCUGAGCAGCCUCACUUUUAUGACGUUUGCACCGUGAGUAGCUCGUUUCACAGGUUUAACCUAUUGUGUCUGCUGCUAUACAUCUAAUGUACAUAUGUGUAUAGACUCAUUUCAAUCAGCUAGCAUACUGUAAUCACACAACAGGCACUCAUUAGAAAGUACAGAGUGAUAACCAAAACUGCUUUAAAGCUGACCGCGGAGCCCUGUAAUCAAUGAAAUGUUUUGAGUCCACUCUUUAAAGCACAGUUGUUGAAAAUUAUGAAAAAGCAGCAGUAGUCUGUGUUGUUAAAUUGCAAACCCCAAGCAGAAGUUAAUUUUCACAUUCAAUAAUGAUACCCAAAAAUGUGCAUAUCAAAGUCGCUGUAAAAUAUAUGAAGCACAGUGCAAGUCUGGAAAAGAAUAGAGAAUGAAAUUGUGGCUUGUCCAGGUUUAGUAUGAUUUGGAAACUGCACAACAGGUCUGACAUAAAAAAACAAACCUGUAAUAGCUAACAAGGCAAAUUAAAAGGAUUGUAGACCUGCUUUCAUCAUGUGAUGUGGCCUCUGAAAAUCAUACCGUCGUCCCCAGCCAUCUUUAAAUUCAUGUCUUGUUGACAUAUGGAGGCAUGGUAGGGUUAUAGAAAAUUGACUUUUAAAAUGGUCAUACAUUAUUCAUCACAGUCUGAUGAAAUGCUAAACAGCAAAACAAUCUGAGGCCAAAAUGUUUUGGGACAUUAUGGCUUGUUAAAAGUGAAGUACUUGAAGAGAACAGUGAGGCUUACUGAUGCUCAUUCAAUCUCAACCACAGGCUGGGACCUGUGGCAGGCACAGAGAUCACCUGUCAGAUUUUUAACAAUGGUAUUAUUGUGUAGAAAGAUGCAAAAAAACAAAUGUAAUCUCUGCUGUUUAGCCAUGCUAGCAUCAUGGAUCGACUGGAUGCACUGCCAUCAAGUUUGGCAUGGAUAUUCUAUUCUGGAUAUUUUAUUUUCAUAUUAAAUCUUGAAUUUAUCAUGUCAUGCCACCAACAAGUCAACAACACGAUUACAUAACCGGUUACAUCGGAAGCUAAUGAUUGAAUUCUCAUCAACAUAAGCUGUAAUUUGAUAUUAAAGCCAACAUAGCAUGCUAACAAACACAAUGUUUUACGUUCAUCAAAAAAAGGUAUGCAGUGAGCUUUGCAUCAUUAUGGGCUGUGUGGCCAUAAACCAUUGAUCUUAACGUUUUUGCAUCAGUGAGCCCAUGUCCCGCCAGCGUCCAACGUGCAUCAAGACUGGCAUGUAGCCAGUUCCCUAUGCGACAUGUUCUGAAGACUUGAAAGAUGGUUGCAAUACUAUAAAUAUUACUACUAAUAUACAUCAUUACUGUAGAGUUAAGAAACAUUUACAUCAACUAGUCUGUAUUUAAAAGACCCUUCCACACAAGAAGCAGCAUGAAUCUGACGGUUAUCGUGGACAGUUGAAUACAUGCAUGAGACCAUAUGAAUCAAAGCACCCAACAUCUGCAAACUCCGGUCAGAUUGGCUACAGAAUGACAGUAGUUAUUUUUUGUUUUCUUUGUUUCGACAAAAAUUUCUUCCUAUGGAAGAUUGAUUAAGUGUGAUGGGAAAUUAAGGUAAAGAGUCCUGUAUCCCAUCAGCUCGCUGCUUUUGGUGCAUUCAAAAAUAUCCACACAACAGCACACCCUGCAUAAGAUGGAUGCGGAUUACCAUUCACAAAUCGUAUUCAUGUCUUACACACAGGCUAUCUGCAUUGAGAGUUAAGGGCUAUAUUUAUGUUCACUGCUAUUUCUUGCUGCUCCCCCAAAUCUAAAGUGUUAUUUUAGACACAGCACUUUGACUUGGAUGGUGGCUGUAAACACUCGUAGUUUCUUCCUUAACAAAGAAUUCUGCGGAAAGUCAAAAGUGCUGAGGACACAAAUGAUCAGCAGAGGAGCAGUUUAUCUAAUAGCAGCCUGUUUUUCAUGAAUUAAUGGUUUUUAUAUUAUUUCAGAGUGUGAAUCAGUGGCUGUGAGACUCAAUGUCAAAAGGAUGUCAAUGUAAAUGUAAUGUUACUCCUCUGUCACAACAUUGAGUAAAAUCAUUUCUCCAAAAUUUUGUAAAAGUGCUGUAUUGCCUGAUGCAUAAUAUUGCCUUCAGUUUAUUCAUUGAUUAUUAAUGAUUUUAUCCAAAUAGAAACCCAGUCACAACUGGUUUAUAAAUCAAAAUCAAGAAGUUGCUCAUUUGCUAAAAGCCAUUGUCUUAUGAAAUACCUGUAAUAAUAUUCCAAAUGCAUAUGAUAGUUGUGAUCCAUAAUGUUUUUAUGAACGCUCAAACGCAACAUGUGACCAUAGUUUUUACGGAUACAUACUUUAUUUGAUGAGGAAAGUGAUAGUAUUUUGUUAAAGUAUUUUGUAGGUAAAGGUUGUAUAGUUAAUGAAACUGGUCAGAAAUGCAUAACAUGGCUCAAGUUGACAUUGUUGUGCCAAUUAUAGAAUUCCGAUAUUUUGUUAAAACAUUUUUGGUCUAAAUUUGUUAUUUUUGAUUAAAUUUAAACAAUGUUGCUGGUGUGGUCAAACAUCAGUCUCUGUGCUUCUGAAUAUUUAGUGUUAUUUUUUCUUUUUAGCUUUUAUUUCAGGGUUUGAUUUCUUUUCUCUCCUACUGAGGCUUAAAUUGAAUGUUGUGUAAAGAACACAAUUGAAUGCAAUGCAAUACUGUGGUUGUUGAUUCUAUUCCCAAAGACUUUCUGUAUUUAUUUGAAAAAAGGAGGAAAAAAAGAUUUUGAUUUUAGCUUGUUCAGUUCUGUCAAAUCAAAUUUAACUGGGCAGGAUUUGACUUCACACAGUGAUAAUAAUAUUAGAAGUUGGAUUCUGUCUGUAUAUAUGAGAUGUACAUUUGUAGUGUGUGCAUAGAAGUCAAAAGAUUUAGAUAUAAAAGUAUGUUUCUUUUGGAUUAUCAAAGGGCUGGUGUGUCUUUUUCUGCUAUUUAUGGUACUGUUACAAUUAGUUGUUUGUCGACUUUUGAUUUGUACUGUCUGUUGAAUUUGUUUGUACUUUCACUUUUGUUAUGGACGUAGGCAUUAGGCUGGAUCUUUUCUAAUUUGGGCAUGAAUCCGGGGCAUUUAUUUCGUAAUUGAACCAGUUGAGAUGUAUGAUGUGGGCACUUGGAUCAAUGCGUGUUCUUCGGUAAACAUAAUGCAGACAAUGUUUACUUUUUUUAUU